GGCGUUCACCCGCUCGCACAGCUGAGGCUGGUGGUGUUUCAUCAUGUGCAAGAUGCUCUGCACGUUGGCGUGCACCGAGUGGCUCGGGUUGGUCGACUGGAAGGAGAACGCAAAUUCAUCGAAAUAUUACAAGGGGACUGACAACCAAAAGUUGCUGCCUCCUGAUGAUAUUACUGCGGGGCGAACGAGGCUGGCCACUUGUGUGUUAAGGUGUCCCAUUGCAAGACUAGUACCGAAGAAUGUGACUAAACCUUAUUGUACAUCAACAACACACGUCAAGUCUCCAUAUCAGAGGAUGGACGCGCAAGACCAGGAGACUCUGGGCAGGUGGGAUGGGCUGGCCAGCCGUGACCCCAGCUCCAGGACGGCCGCCAUGGAGCACAUUCGCCAAGAGGUCCUAAGCAAAGUGGAGGCUAUCGGGCCCGAGCCGAUGUCCUCGCCCUGUCUGUCACCAGCAUCCGGUUCCCCCGCCAGAAGCGACCUGAACGCUGUCCUGGCCCACCUCCUCAUGCUCACCAAGCGUUGUCCUUUCGAAGACGUGAGGGAGCGAUGCGUCCGGCUUUUGCAGGCUGUCCAGGAUCUGGGAGUGCGAAUCCCAAGACCCCUGGGAAACGGGCCAAGCAGAUUUAUCCCUGAAAAAGAGAUUCUUCAAGUCAGUAAAGUGGACACCAGGACACAGUCGAUCUUUGAGGAUGCGUUCGCAGCCCUCGGUCGCCUGGAUAACAUCUCGCUAGUGAUGGGCUUCCACCCGCAGUACCUGGAGAGCUUCCUGCGCACGCAGCACUACCUGCUGCAGAUGGACGGGCCGCUGUCGCUGCACUACCGCCACUACAUCGGCAUCAUGGCUGCGGCUCGCCACCAGUGCUCCUAUCUGGUCAACCUGCACGUCAAUGACUUCCUCCAGGUGGGCGGCGACCCCAAAUGGCUCAACGGGCUGGACGGAGCCCCUAGAAAGCUUCAGCAACUGGGCGAGCUCAAUAAAAUCCUGGCCCACCGGCCGUGGCUGCUCACCAAGGAGCACAUCGAGGGUCUGCUAAAAGCCGAGGAGCACAGCUGGUCACUGGCCGAGCUCAUCCACGCCGUCGUUCUGCUCACACACUACCACUCGCUGGCCUCCUUCACCUUCGGCUGCGGCAUCAUGCCCGAGAUCCACUGCGAUGGCGGCCACACCUUCCGGCCGCCCUCGGUCGGUCAUUACUGCGUGUGCGACAUCGCCAAUGGCAACAACCACCACGACGGUCCCUUUGGCAGCCAGGAGGUGUGUGGCGGCGAGGUGGAGGUGCUGAUGGAACGCAUGAAGCAGCUGCAAGAGUGCCGCGAUGACGAAGAGGCCAGCCAGGAGGAGAUGGCCACGCGCUUCGAGCGAGAGAAGACGGAGAGCAUGCUGGUGGUGACGGCCGAGGACGAGGAGUGGGUGCCCUCCCGCGACAUCUCGCGACACUUCGAGGACCCCAGUUACGGUUACAAGGACUUCUCCAGGAGGGGCGAGCACGUGCCCACUUUCAGAGUGCAGGACUACAGUUGGGAGGACCACGGCUACUCCCUGGUGAACCGUCUCUAUCCCGAUGUGGGUCAGAUGCUGGAUGAGAAGUUCCAGAUGGCGUACAACCUGACGUACAACACCAUGGCCACGCACAAGGACGUGGACACCAGCAUGCUGCGCAGGGCCAUCUGGAACUACAUACACUGCAUGUUCGGCAUCAGGUAUGACGACUAUGAUUAUGGUGAGAUCAACCAGCUGUUGGACCGUAGCUUCAAGAUCUACAUCAAGACUAUGGUGUGCAGCCCAGAGAAGACCACCAAGCGAAUGUACGAGAGCUUCUGGAGGCAGUUCCAGCACUCUGAGAAGGUCCAUGUCAAUCUGCUUCUUAUGGAAGCGCGAAUGCAAGCCGAACUUUUAUACGCUCUGAGAGCCAUCACUCGCUACAUGACAUGAAGUGCUUCUUCUUCUCUCCCCCCCGCCCCCUUCUUUUUUAUUAUUUUUUUAAAGUCCUGUGUCAUUGUUGGGACAUUUCAAGAAAACAUUUUUGGGGGCAGAGGAGCUGGAUGCAAAAUCAGAACAAAAAGCAACGAGUCUUUUUUUUUUUUUUUUUUUUUUUUAAGCCUGCAGUGCCAAAAGUGACCAGAAGUAGGCAGCACAUGGCUUAAAAAAAGCACUGACAGUAUUCCAGCAACAUCCCCUUCAUUCAUUUUCUUAAUCACUGUUUUGUUUUUCUUUUCCAUAUCUCAUUUCAAUCAUCAUCUUUUUUGGGGCCCAUAAGUAUGUGCCUGAACUCCCCAGCGCAGUGUGCGUAUCCACGAUGACGAUAAUGAGAUGAUGCUGCUCCUAGUGUUGUAUUCAGCAGGGACAGGGAGGGGGAGGUCAUAUUGACCCCCCUUGUUCCAACCCCCCAAAAAACAAGUUCCCCAUCCACUGCAUUAUUCCCAAAUGUCCGUGUAAGCUAAUUCAAGUCGUAUGUGUGUGUGUGUGUGUGUGUGCGUGCAAACUCAUAGAACACUGAGCCCUAUUUGAGUUGCGUGUGUGAGCAUGUGUGUGUCACGCGCGUGCAUGUGUUAAAGGAAAAAAAAUAGUUUUUAAAAUUUCACGUGUCAAAAAAAAAGCGAGGCACUUUGAAGGAGACUUCUUGCUUCUGCUGUAGCUGAUGUUAUUUUUGACGUAACUUGGGCGUGUCAUUGAUGACAUCGUCAUUCUUCUUUGUUUUGUGGUUUAUUAAUUAAGACUGAAAGAAUGAGGGGCUCCGGUAUGAGGUUGGUCCGGGAGGAAUGGCUAACUCACACACACACACAUACAUACACACACACACAUGUGCACACAUGAACACAAACUCAAACACUGCUAAGCUGUCUUCCGCGUUAUCCCGGCUGCCUGGUCGCCCCAAUUUGGAAGGCUGUGAAUUUUACCAGUGAAAUAAAUACCUCUUCUCUAAUCUCCAUUCAACAUUUUCUCGCUGUGCAAAAAGAAAAAGAGAAAAAAAAAAAAGCAUGUACGGUGGUACCCUGACUUCAGAGUUUAAUUGUGAGUCGGGAGAUGCUGAAAACACAAAGUGGUGCUCUCAGAAGUGAAGGCACCACUGUAUCUCCUAAUCAUUUUUUUUGUGGCCAUGCGUGCUUUUUGUCAGAGUGACUGUUUAAAAAGUGCUCUUUGGUGAGCAGUCCCCCCCACCCCCAGCCCGGCCAUGUUCCCGUUUGCUGUGUAAAGGGGACGACUCCGGCUCGCCAUCAGGCUGAUUUGCGCUCGCAAAUGGUUGUAGCUGUGCUUAUUCAAGCCUAAGUAGUGCAAAAAACAAAAACAAAAUAAAAAAAGCAGCUUUUGUUUUAAUGAAACAGUUUUCACUAAAAAAAAAAAACAAAACAGUCAAACGCUGCGUUUGUUGUUGUUGUUGUUGUUGUGAGGGCGGAUUAAGACAAGCGAUGGCUGGGAGGUUUUCGACAAAAAGAAUGGUACCGUUGGAAGUGAGUCGGAAGAACGUGAAAGAGAUUUUUGUUUUUCAAUACUUCUGACUGAUGUCAGUUACUGACCCUUUUUUUUUUUUUUACACAAAAUCUAUGAAAAAUUGACAAAAAUAAAACUAUAAUAUUGAA